UGUGAUUGGAGUUUUUCUUGAGACCAAGGAGUAGUGAAAGCAGCUGUGAUGCUCGAGGAUUUAGAGUAGAUUACGCGUUCAACAAAGAAAAUAUAGAAAAGAAAAAUCUUCAGUAUAGGAAGUCCACGAAGUUGUUGUAGAGAGCACAACCAGAACCACGAAAAUGAAUAAAUCGUAGUCAGGUAGUUCAGAAAAACCGAAACUCAAAAAUACAAAAACCAUGCCCAAGCGCAAGAAGGACAAAAAGUCGGCUGCCGCCGCAGUAGCCGCCGACAGCCCGGAAGAAGAUCAGCAGGAGAGCAAUGAGCAGCCUCCCGCAGCGGGGGACGGGGUACAACAAGAGGAUGCCGACAUGCAAGACGUCGACGCGUUUAUGGAGGAAGAAGGGAUUGAAAUGCCAGACGACGGAACUGCAAACCUCCUGUCCAAGUAUUACAAGGAAAAAUGCCCUCCUCGCCCCCGAGCUUGGGAGCAUUUGUAUUGCAAACCUUUCCAACCGAAACACUCGCCCUCUUGCAUCUAUCAGCGUCACAGAUUUCCAAUCGUGAAAAGCAAAAAUUUGCAUUGCAAAAGAUCCCAGCAAGAGCGGCGCUUGUCAUGCAUGCAGUAAUCUGAGUUGCGCCACGCUGAGUUGCUUUUUUCACUUUAUUUUUCGGCAUGGCUCCGCACAAUCUGAAUUGUCAUCGUAUUGUAUAUACGCUCGGCCUUCGUUCUUUUGCCGUUUUCGUUGCGUUUCGUUCAUGUUUUUUGCUUUUCGUGCGUAAGUAUGACGGGGGAUUUGUCAUAUGGUGCGAGAGAUGUAAUUUUCGUCUGGAAUCGGUUAUCAUGUGAUAAUCAUUUGAUUAUCACGUGAUCGAAACAAUUCAAAUUGGCUUAUGGGGGUCCAAAAUCACAUGACUAUCAUGUGAGCAAUCGCGUGAUAAUCAUAUGAUCGGGACUUUGUGGCGGAUGCUCAUACUAUUUAUUUCUUGUUUCAUUUUCAUUACAGUGCCCAACUUCAAUUUGUCCCGUUCAGACGAAAAAAGAACACACUACCCAAAAAGAAAACAACUUGUCGACCUCGGACGAAAAACGAGCGCGCUAACCACAAAAAACCUCUCUUCUACUAAGCAAAAAAAAUACCAGCAACGCACUAGCUUGCUACGUUUCUGGCUUCUCUACCUUUUUCUUUGUUUCGCGUUUCUCUCCUUCUUCAAUUUUUUCGAUUUCGCCUUGCAAACCAUGGCAAUCGUUUCGGUGGGCGGCGAUUACGACCGGGCCAAGGCCUUGGCGGCCGCUGGCUUUCUAGAUGCGGACGACUCCGACUUCUGCUUCGGGGAUUCGGGCGACUUUCCGCCGCGGCUGACCCCCGCGGGCUGGAUCGACAUGAGCGACCGGGUGGCCUACUCGGACACGCAGCGCCGGCGCCUGCGGCUUACGGCCCUGAAGGUGGGCCGCCUUUGGGCAAACUUCGCCAAGCUUCGGGACCUGGGGAAGGCGUUGAACCCGAAGGAAAAAAUAUCCCCCAGAAAAAAAGCGCGCCCCCGUCUUAGCGAAGCAGGGGCAGCAUGUUAGGCAUGGCAGGCGUUUUCGUUUUUUUUUUCGCAUUUUCGCCCAUCACAGACGCCGGCGGCCCUUCGCGGCUGGGGCGCGCUUUUUUCAUGAUGUUGCAGCAUGCUGGGAGGAAUGUUGGCGACGGCGUCGGAAGAGGCGCAGCCCUACAGCCCGGGCCAGAAAAGUUUUGCCGCCAACGUGGCCAAAAAAACCCGCGACGCCGACCUGAUGGCGGCCUUUCCCUACAGCGGCGCGGGCAGUGUUUUGGACGUGUCUUGGUUACAAGAUCCGGCCCCCAGUGCUCCGGGCCCAAAUGGCGAAAAGGCCCCCCCGCCCCCCCUGCCGGCGGCAGCGGUGCCGAAGUUCGACGCGGGCCCAGCUUCUUCGCUCGCGGACUCCGACCCGGGAAGCGAGUCGGAGGCGGGCAAGGCCGAAGCGGACGGAAACGGACGCGGGCGCGGCGGCGGACUGCGCGCGAACAACACUCCCCCCCCGCCCCCCCCUGUUCUGGGAUCGCCGUCCGUUUUCCCGGGAUACCGCUACACGUCCGAAGGGCUGGUGACGGACGACCUGGACCCCGCCGCCUUGACCUCGGACAUGGCGCGGGUCCUAAAGUUUUGCCCGGACAUCGGGGGGCUUCGAAAGUUGGUUUUGACAACAACAAAGGAGCCCGCGCGCGGCGGGGGCGGUGCGCUUAUCGUUUUUUGUUUUCGGCCCUUUUUUGUGGUGGUUUUGUUAGCUUUUGCCGGAGAUUCUUUAGCUUGAGCAGGCUCGUAUAGUCUUGGUGAUGUGUGUCUUCGUUCCCGCGUCGCUUUCCUUUUCUAUUUUCCACUUUUAUUUUCCCCAGGCACUCUCGUCAUGGACCAGAUCUUGGUGCCCCGGGAGUGGCGGCCAGACCAAUUGGGGCGGGCGUUUCAUUAUUUUUUCCGACCGACCAACUCGGCGUGGAUUCUGGUCGACCUCGACAAUGCUUCGCCGGCGACGGUGGAAAAGGCCAAGGAGGACCACCGCUGCCGUAUCAGAAUGGAAACCCCCUGUCCCCAUAGCGCAAAUGAAAUCUGUGAUGCGGUUUUUGAGUACACAGGCAGGCUUGUAAUGCUAGAAGGCCAAGAGACGCAGCUGCGGCCUCAUUUGCAGCGAAUUUGUCAUGCUGUUUCGCACUUCUAGCUGCCCGAUGUCAUGCCGAAGAUGCAAGGACUUGUCACGAGAACCAGCACUACAGUUUGCGUCUUUUUCGUUUUAGCAUGACAAAGCUGAUUUGUGGCCACAAAUCUGCAUGACAGAUUUCAAAUCUGAUAUGGGGUGGGGGGGCUUCGUUUUGAUAUGGCGAUUUGUCACCCGCACAUCAGAAACGUGUUGGCAGGGUUGGUACAAGGUGGAGGGGGGCGCAAAGGCCGAGAAAGACUUUCGCACCGUGAUGGUGCCCCUCCUGGGCGGCGACGCGAAUGCCAACCGUGCGGGGCAGCCCGGCCGCCUUCCCGGCAGCCGGAACCCGAAACCGGGAAAAAUGGGAUGGGUGUGCCGGGUGGAAUGGAUUCGUGGGGAAAACGUGAGCGGGCCCCACAGCCGCGCCGCCCCGGCAAAAUAUGGCGGAGAAAAAUAGCCCCCCCCUCGUUGUCGCAAACGCAGGGCCCGAGUUUUGUCGGCCGUUUGCAGUUUUCCCCGGAUUUUUCCGAAAAAUCCCGGGAAAGUGUUGCAACCAGCAUGACAGAGACGCGCCGCGAUCUUGGGGGGGGGGGGUUUGCACAGGAUGCGCCUACGACUGGGGAGGCGGUUUUGCAAAAAAUCGCGGGGAACGGCAACUGUUGCCCUCUUUCCAUUGCGGCGGCCACGGGUAUCAGCAUGCCGAAGGUGAAGCAGCUGGUGGAAGGUUUCAUGGCCGGGAAGCGUGAUUAUGGCACCGCGCAACACCCACCAGCCCCCCCCCCUUCUUUUUGUAAAGACGACGGGCCAAAGUUGUGAUGUUGUUUUCCGUUCCGCACAGAAUUGCCGGCCCUUUGGUUUUUGUUGAAGUUCUUCGGCGGCUUGCCGUUGUUCUGGCAAAAAUGCGCCGGAGACUACCCGCUCUGAGGCGGGCGGGCAUAUAGUAGCUGAGUGCGAUGGUGCUUGGCCCCCGCCAAUCACCGAGGCAAAAGGCGGAAAAAAGGGGAGGGGGGGGGGGUGUGUGUUGCGCAUUGGCAUAGCGAAGAGCUUGGCCCGUUUUGGGUGGGCGAGUAUGGGGCUGACGAGCCGGCGGGGCGCGGCGUCCUGGAGGAGCAAAGCCAGUGGCUGUCCUGGUUGGAAAAGCUGCUGCACCCAGCCGCAACCGUGUGGCUUGGCCACGCUUUUCUGGAAGCUGCCGCCCAGGUGAUGGGCCUCACGAUCUGCAUCGAGCCCGCCCCCGGUUCCGCCGUAAGGUUUCAAAAAAUUGGAACCGGCACGACGGAAAUCCGCUUGCAGUACGAUGGCCGCCACUAUGACGCCUUCGUUUUGCCCAGCGCAUCCCCGCGAGGCAGCAGCGAGAGGCCGGCGGCGCAAGCGGAAGCAGCACCGCAGGAACCAGAGACAGGGGCCGCGGUUCGUGGCCCGGGUUGCCAGAAGCGGGGCACGGAAACGAGCGCGCCAGCGCUAAAGCCAGACGCGUUUGCCGAAAUUGUUGGGCCCCAGAAGCAAUCGAUGGGAGAUGAUCCGCAGGCGCUAGAACCGAAGCAGGCCGGCGGUGCUCCGCAAAAGCGCCCCGCGGAGCUGAAUGCACCAGCGCCGCUGCCGCCUGCGAUUGUUGCGGCCGCAAGCGAUUCGGAGCAGGGCGAUUUGGGAGGCGCUUCGGACUCAAGCGAGUGCGCGCCCCCGCCUUUGAAGCGGGGCCGUAAGUCGAACGCCGGCAAAAAUUUCUCUUUGCCCGAUGACACGAUCGAAACGCUGCUGGCAGCUGCCGACGUCAGGGCGGCCUGCAAGGCGUUGGGGCUCACCGCCCGGCAGCGCAAGUGGUGGAAGGACAAGGCCCGUUCUUUUCGCCUGGCCCCAGGCACUGGCAAGCUGCAGGUCCGCGCGGAGUUUCAGGGCUACGGACGCAAAUCCACGGAGGCGCUUUUGGUGUAUCCUGACUGGCUGACGGUAGUGCCCGCCGGUGACGAACCUGAAAAGCAACGCAUCGCGGCCCUUGCCCACUUGCGAUCCCAUGGGGGGGUAGAUGCGACCGCGGCGGGCAUCCAGCAACUAGGUUUCACAUGGUGCGGCUUCAAGGAAAGUGCCCGGCAGGCAGUGCAGGCGUGCGAAGCUUGCGCGGCAAACGAAGAAACGGCGCCAAGGCAGCAGGACAGCUACGCCAGUUCCACACUGGCGGCGCUUGGGGACCCCGCCAACGAAUCGCUGCGCCCCUUCGCCUAUCCUGUGGAAAAGUGCCCCGCCUCCCGUAACCGCAACCACACGCGGCGCGCAAAUCUAAGAGAGGGCGCCAAGCUACACAGAGCGCGCCGGCUUUUUUUAGUGUUGCACGCAGCGGCGCGCUGCGGUUAUUGUGGGGGGCUACUUUUUCGAUGUAUAUGUGUUGGGCCGGAAUAGAUUGCAUCAUCUGCACCCCUUGCGAGAAUUCGGCCCACCGCGGCAAACACGUGGGCACCAAGUUCGUCGGUUGUCUGAACAUGUGCUGCCUCACCACCGGCGCCGUGUGUUCCAAACUGCUAACAAGCUUCGAGGCCGAAGAAGUAAAGCAAGCCUAUCUGGAUAUGGUGGAGGAGCACGGGGUCCCGGAUCAUCUGAACAUUGACAAGGGUACCGAGCUGCAAAAGAUCAAAGACUGGAGCCAGUGCACGUGCUUGACCCGAGACCACCGCUGCGCCACUUUUGUGGCAGAUAGCGCCGCGGGGCCAGCGUUUCGCACGGACAUCCGGGAGAGCCCCCGGGCGCAUCCACAAUCCAACGGGGCCAUCGAGUCCUAUAGUGGGCAACUGAAGCAACAGCUCCGAAAGAGGGGCGGGGAAGGCGAUUGGGUGCGACACCACACGGCGUGCGUUGCUGCCCUGAAUCGCCGCACCACCAGAAGCCGGCGCAUUCCGGCUGCCAGGCAUUUGGCGACGUUUCUGCGGCCCCUGCGAGAUGUAACCGAAGCCACCCUUCACCCCGUGCCGCGUGCGCCCCCGAAGAUCGUUGGCAACAGCGAAGCCAGCGCAGAAGCAGAAAAGAAAAACGGGCCGCAAGCACAAGUGGCGGAGCCGGUUGGGCGGCAGGGGGAAACAAGCAGCGACGACGCAGCGGACAGCAGCGACAACGCGGGAAGCGACCCCGCCGCAAACACGCUGCGCAGUUCCCUUAAAAUGAAGGCGCUCACGAACCGGAAGCGCUUUUUCCAACUCCGCGGCGAUGCCAGCAGGCUCAAGGACAUCAAAAAGCUUAAAAUUGGGGAACGCGUUUUGUGCCGAAACCGCCAAAAAGGCCCCGGGCUCGCAAAAAAAUUCUUGGGUCCGUACGUCGUUACCAAGCUGAAGCCGCUGGGCAUUGAUGCCCGCAGCGACGGCGUGCUAGCUGGCAAAAAGCGGGAGACGUCGUUAAAAGAUGUCCCAUGGAAGGAUGUGAAGCGCUGCCCCGACGGGCUCGAAAGCCAUGCGGCACCAAAGCCGCCGCCCCCCAACGCAGUCCCGCCCACCGCUGUGCCGCCUUCGGCGCCCAUGCAGCCACGCGCACCCGCAGGGCCCCCGGCUACAGCAGCGCCUUCCGGAACAGGGGGCGACCUUUCGGCCGUCGUUGCCGUGGACCCCGCAAUGGAACGCGUUUUCGGAACGGGCUCACUGCCAUUGCUAUGCCAUGCCAAUUUACCGCGCCGCGUUUUCUUUGUGGCGCCGCGCGCCCAUUUGCAUGCAGAGACCCGUCCUACCCAGCGGGCUUGCUUGCGUCUCUUUUUUCGCUUUUGGUACACAGAAAAACGCUGCCGCGGCAAAGUGGCACGGCAUACCCGCAAACAAACGCCUACGCCGACGUUGCUGAACUGGAAACGGCAGGCCCGCGACAAACCCCAACGAACAUACGCGGGUCCGUUAGUCGGGUCGAGGCUGCUACGCGCGGCAUUCGGAUUCGCAUCGAAGGGGUCACAGGGGUCAGCAUCAUCUGGCGCAUCUAUGAAGCGGCGCCCAUGGCGUGGUGGCGUGCGCAGCGGUGCCCUUGCGUUGUGUUCAUCCCGCUGGCGCUCACCAGAAACUUCCAGGGGGGCCAGUUUCUGCGAAUGCCAACAACUUGGCGCACUACUGCAAUCGAGCCGCGCGCCCCGCCGGAGCUGCAAAAGCUUCACCGCAUGGCCUCCACGUCUUCGGCUUCGGAGGGUCGCCGGUCCUUGUCUGCGUUUAAAAAUGUAGAAGCUUAGCCCCUUCGUCUCUUUUCUUGUGUUGAAAAUUGCGCCGGGGCAAGUGUCUUUACGCUAUUUCGCUUUUUUUUUAUCAUAUUGCCACUUUUGCUUCUCAUAGCAUGUGCUGCACUUCUCCAGGCUCAGACAGCUAUAUUUGCGGUUCAUACUACACUUCUUCUGUUUGUGUCGUUCUUCUUUGUUUCUUCCUACGUUCGUUUAGUUAUUGUGUAGCCCUUUGUUUAAAAGAUAUCGACACAGCACGAAGUGCAGCGCACCAAGCAAGUUGAUUUGUUGCCUCCGCUUCGACCAACCUGCCCGGCAGCUGCACUUCCAAGACCCCACGCGCACAGUUUUUUUGCAUUUACUGUUUCCGUUUUGUUAUUGUUUCCUUUUCUUUCACAUUCAGCUACUAGCUUCUUCGAGUAUAGUUUGCCUCUUUCGUAUUGUCUGCUUUAUUGUCGUACUCGUUCUGCUGUUCUUUAUAUUUUCGCUAGAAAAGUUAACUUCUGCUUCGUUUUAUCUUGUUCUCGUUGCAACUACCGAUGCAACGCUGAUAACAACAGAUCGCGCUCCGUGCGCGAAAGCACAGGCUUUCCUUCCUCAUUUCCAUUUUUGUCAUGCAAGCUGCGCGUCGCAGAGUCUUUCUCUAAAUCUGCUCACGCCACGCUUGCUCAGAAUCCCUUACCUUUUUACUUUUUCAGCUUUUUCUGGUGCUCCCCUGCGCUAUAUCAUCGAGCGGCUGCGCUAAGCUGCAUUGAUUUUUUACGUUGAAUUGCUUCGGGGUGCGACAAUUCAGAGAGCUCGCCAUUGUUUGGGAUUUGGUAAAUAUACGACGAAAGGGUCAAAAAGGUGAGCUUUAAGGGAUUCGCUUGCUGUCGUGUUCUUGCUUUGAAAACGCUGGCUCGGUAUACGAUACGCUGUAAGCUUCGCUCCGCUUUGCUUUCCUAUUCUGCUACAACUCAGUCUAUACGACAAUUCAGUGGACUGCAUGCAUGUCAUGCAGUAUACACCUAGACCCUGCAGCAGAAAGAUUCAUGCCCGUUUAUAUGCAUGACAAAAAGUUUUCAUUUGUGAACUCCGCAUCACAAGUUUUUGCAACUUUCGGGGCGGGGGCAUUUUUCACUGUAAUACCAAGCCGAAGAAAAUCAAGAAGGAAACCAGAGACAACCAGAUCACCUCCAACCGCAUUCCGGUUUACCCCAUCUGGGGCAAGGAGGAGUUCCUGAAAACAGCGGCUUUUGCCUCGGACAAGAACCAAGCCAUCAUAGCGCUCUCCUCCUGCAUUUCCUUUAUCCUCGAUUUCAGUGGCUUAGUAUGAGAGUGCACAACCCUCCCUCCCCCCGAUCUGUCAUGCAAAGUACCUAAUUUACUCCUUGCUCGUUGUAAGCCCUUUUUAGCAUGACAAAUUUUGGAAGUACCUCAAAUAGUACUACAAUCCGCAUGCAGAUUUGUCAUGCGAAAGCCCCUUUCCUGCUGUUGCUCGUAUUGCUGUUCAUGCAAUGCAAAUGAGGAGGAGGGGGAGUUGUGUACUCUCAUACUUGGGCGUGUUUGCUGUUACCACGGAGGACAUCCCGAAAAUCACGAAACCGCUGUUGUGGGUCGAGGAUUUGCCGAACCUGGUGGAGUAUGCAUUACAAAAGUACCGUACUGCGUAUUGAUUGCAUCACAAAUUUUUUCAGAAAGGAAAAUGGAAUUUGUAAUGCUGAUUUAGGUAGAAACAGUCGAUUUGUCAUGCAGUGCUGCGAUUGGUACGAGCGCGCUACUUAUUUUGCAUUCGAUAUGGAGGCGUUCGUCAUAGAACAGGCUAAUGCGCAGGCCGGAGGUGGAGAAGGGAGCGGGGGUAUGGAGAGAAUUUUUUGUGAAGAGACAGAUUGAUUGUAGAGGAGCUGUAGAAAUAGCAGGGAACUUAUGAAUUCAAGAUGAGUCAAGAAGAUGCUUCUGCUCGUGAUUGCAGUGACCCACACAUGAUUUCUUGAUCUCCCGUGAAGACCGUGGUGUUAUGUUUGCAGAUUUAUUUCACGUCGUCUGCAUGAUGCGUGCUUUCUCCUUGACGUAGCUGUGCAGCAUCACAGCGUCCUUAUGCUACAAGAGGUCGAUUGAAAUUAUUUUUCCUUCCAUACCAAUCGAGGACCUCGAGCUUCUGGGAGGGACCAGUGCUGGCGCUCUCGGUAUAAUUCUGCGAUAUGAUUCUGCAAUUGCAUGUUUGAUGUACUACUUACUCGCACAUCAUGUUGCUCCUCAUGCAAGAUAUUACCCACGCAUACUUCGCAUGAUGAAAAACCAAUCUUAAAAAGCCGCACCAGCAUGACAAAUAAAGAUCUCUAUCACAACCAAACCCCAGGUGGUGCUGGCGACAACCUACUCUACACCGCGGACCAGAAACGCGCGAAAAAGCGUCUUGCGUUGAAAGGCGGCUUCGCCUGGAACGCGCCCGCCCCGGAGGCCUACGCCAUCGUGCACAAGAAAACCGCUUUGAAGGCCCGGAACAAGCUCGACCAGUGGUUUCCGAAUCUCGCCGCCAACAUGAAGUAUCGCAGGAAAAAGUGUUAACGUUAACGGUUUUCACAGAUUGCAGGCAUGCAUCACAAAUGUCGCCCAAUAUGCAUGCUAUGCAUUACAAAUCUCGGCAUCUUUUGUGAUGCAUUGCUGCAUCACAAAUUCCGUUAACGUUAACACUUUUUGCUGUGAUAUGAAACCCAUGGAUUUCAUCGCAACCGGGUUUCUGGCCAACUUCGUCCUCUAUCCUGUGCAAAAGUAUCGUGCUCGUGUUGCAGUCUUGCAUUACAAAUUUUUUUCUUGAGGUAGAUCAGCAUUCCAAAUUUCAUUUCUCAUGCUGAGGAAAUUUGUAAUGCAUUUUUUAUACGAGUGCGAUGCUUUUGCAUUGCAUAUCCUCUGGCUCGAAGCCCUGUACGCGAGCCCCUACAUCUGCCUCCGGCACACGGCGACAGUAGUCGCCGGGUCGGUUUUGUCGGAGAUCACAAAGAUCCUCGCGGAUCUGGAGCAACAGCUAGACAUAGCCUUGAAACAGUACAAAAACGAGGAAAAAAACAGCAACUCGCUUCGGAAGGACUUUUUGAAGAAAGAAAUCUCCGAGAACAGCGGCCUAUCGGACCAACUGGUGAAGGCAAGGGACCAUCUUCUCCGGAAUUUCAAGCAAACCCGUAUGAACUGCAAAAGCGUCGUACUCGUAUAAAUGCAUUACAAAUUUCUUCAGCAUUAGAGAGAAAAUUUGUAAUGCUGAUUUGCCUUGAGAUAAAAAUUUGUAAUGCACGACUGCAAUACGAGUGGGAUUAUACUUUUGCAAUUCAUAACCCGGCUGAAGGACCAAAACGAGAAGAUCCGGUUCGAAGCGGUGUGCGUCAUGAAGCGGGUAUCGUGAGAAAAAACCAUUUCAGUCUCAACUUGUAAUGCGCAACUUGCUUGAGUAGACAGUUUGUCAUGCUCGACACGCAAGAACAAUAAAGUCGUUUUCUCUAUGUGGGUUCAUCCCUUGUGAAGACUGACCACGCAUCACAAGUUUUCCGUGUCAUGGUCUGCAAAUUUGUAUUGCUAAGUCUGCAAACAGGUCUGAGACUGGCACAGUUUUUUCUGGCCAUAGCGGGUGGUCAGCAGGGAUCUUUCCCUCUUCGACGAGGACUUAGCCCGGGUUUUGGAGUGUUUACUCGUCGAUCCGGAUUAUCAAAUGCAAAGAAGUCUGGGUCUGGAAAGUUGGAACUUGUGAAGUAACUUUGGACUCUAAAAAAAUCUGUAUUGCGUGACCAGCAAGACGAGCCACGUUUGUGCUACGCGAGGAGGGCACUAUUUGUCAUGCGGAAAUGGCAUCAGGAAGCCUUCCACAAAUCUGUGAUGCUGGGUCAUGCAUUACAAGCAUCAUGGGUCAUGCCAGACAAGCAUGAAAAGCCUUGCAUUCUUCCGGACCCAGACAUUUUUGCAUUUGAUCCAGACGCGGGUGUGCGGAUGAAAUUGCUGGAGAUGGUGGAAGAUUGGGUGAUAUCCUGUGCAAAAGAAUUGCACUCGUAUAAAUGCAGGUCUUGCAUUACAAAUCUGGUUCCCAAGGCAAAUCUGCAUUACAAAUUUUAUUUCUCAUGCUGAGGAAAUUUGUAAUGCAUUUGUACGAAUACGAUACUUUUGCAGUUCAUAGAUGAAAAUGUACGAAAAAGAUAGAGAAGCGAUGGCAAUGUACUGCGAGCAGGUGAAGGAAAAAUACGGCGAUGACCCGGGCCGCAUGGAGCUUCUCACGAUGGGCAACAACGGGGAAGAGGUCGUCGACGAGGAGCUGGGAUACAGUUUAUGAACUGCAAAAAUAUCCUCGUACUACUAGUUGCGUCUAUGCAUCACAAAUCUUUCUCUUACGGGAAAUUCGCAUCACAAAUUCAGUUUGUGAUGCUGGGUCAUCAAAAAUAAAUGCAAUUCAUACUUCUAGUACCAAUACGAUACUUUUGCAAUGCAUACAGUUCCGGCGAAGACGAUUUCCAAACGUCAAACAACGAAGAGGACAGCAAUAUGCUGUGCAAAACAAGUAUCGCACUCGUACAAGCUGUUGUGUUUAUGCAUUACAAAUCCACUUCUUAAGCUGAAUCCGCAUGACAAGUUCUUCAAGUUCCAUUUGUCAUGCUGAGCUAGUAAUCUGUAGUGCAAUAUUACGAGUACGAUGCUUUGGCAUAGGAUAUGCAACGAUCCGAACCAGCAGAACCAAAACCAGUCCCUCCUGGCUUUGAAGAAGCGGCAGCGCCAGGAGUUGUUGCAAGGAGGCCCCUAUGCUGUGCAAAAGUAUCGUACUAGUAAGUAGUAAUUGCAAUACAAGUUCGCUCAGCAUGACAAAUGGAAUUUGUCAUGCUGAUUUGCCUUGGGAACAAGAUCUGUAAUGCAUGACUGCAAUUACUACGAGUGCGAUACUUUUGCAGUUCAUAGCCCCCGGCACUUCUGGAAACGGUUGCAGUCGAGAAAAAUGUUCAAAAAAUGGAUCCGAAAGUCUAUGACUUGCUCAAAUCGGUUACCAUCUCAAAUCGGUUACCAUAGAACCUGGAAUUUGUGUUGCAUGAUGAGCAGGACAGACUCGCACAGCGUUCCACCUUUUGCAAUACAAAUUUCGCCAGAUUAUAGUUGGGUUUGGCACAACUCCGGAACUUGUCAUGCGCAAUCCUAUGAGAGUUGGCUAGAUCAUGCACUCUUGCAUCACAGAUUUCCAUAUUCUAUGGUAACCGAUUUGAGAUUGUAACACCUGAGCGGGUUAUAAAGUCGAUGAGACACAUCAGUUAUGCAUCUUCGCAAAUGGAGGUAAUGUAUAGCACAAGCACAAAUUUUUGCAUCAGAAGAAAGAUUUCGAUUCAUCCCGCACUGAUGAAAAGAGAUGCAGUUUGUCAUGCUGAAUAAGUUUGAGAACAGCAAUUUUUCAUGCAGUAUUUUCGCAAUUCGUGCUUGUGCGAUACAACAAACUCAAACAUUCGCGUUGGAUACCAAAGAACGGUGUGGCGACGUCGAGGAGAAAGUCGCGAUACAGGCGGUCAGGACCGUUACCCUCCGGUGGAUCGCGGAGCGAUUCCUGACCGAUACCGAGUUUGACGCGGUGGUGUGCUUGGUCUUUUGCGGCCGAACAGUGAAAGUCCGGAAACAGGCGGCGCUGUUUGUGAAUUCGCAUGUGUUUUCGGAACCGGGCAUCGAGGAUUUGGUAGAUCACAGCAGCGACACCGGGCUGGAUCAGCUCAGGCUGGAAGACGACAAUCUUGUGGGGGACGGUUCUGGGAAUGAGAAUAUCAACUGUAAAAAUGUCUCGGUCUGGAAGGAUGCGAACUUGUGAUGCGAGUUGCGGAUCAUACAAAGAUCUGUGUUGCAUGACUGGCAAAAGGUGCUCACUUCUGGCCAUGCUGAGAGGGUAUUUCGCAUGCAGAAUAGGCAUCGCGAAGGGACUGCAUUCCAGACUUGACAGAGCUUGGAAAAACUGCAUGACAAAUUUCGGAAUCUUCCCGACCCAGACAUUUUUGCAAUGCAUAGAAAAUUUUCUCUCCAACUCCGACAACGAAGUGAGGCAGCAGCUGCAGCAAGCGUCCUCUGCCAACAUAUCCUGUGCAAAAGUAUGGUACUCGUAUAGAUGCAGGUCUUGCAUUACAAAUAUUAUUCGCAUCGUAAAUCAGGAUGACAAAUUUUAUUUCUCAUGCUGAGAAAAUUUGUCAUGCAUUUAUACGAGUACGAUACUUUUGCAGUUCAUACAACAGUAACGCCAACAAAGUGAAAAAAAUGAAUCCCACGGAAACGAAUCUUCUGAUGUUCCUGGAAUUUCUUGUUACUUACUGCGAGGACGCCGUGGAGGAUCCCGACCAAGAGACCUCGAGGACGACGCAGUACGUAUCCUGAGCAAAAACGUUCCCAGCGCCCCAGAGUUCUUGUCAGGCAGAUUUGCAACUACAGGAACUGAAGAACAUUUGUGAUGCGCCGUUAGUACCUGAGAAGCAUUUCUACUUGAGUAGUUUCAGCAUUUGUAAUGCUGUCAACAGGAUAAGUGCGCGUUUUUGUGAUGCGGUUGUCCUUACUAACCAACACUACAAUGCACUGGCAAACUUGUCAUGCGCGACUCGCAAAGCUUGGGGAUUUGUGUUGCAGGGUUCCCAAAUACUUGACUACGGGGCCGCGGGGGCGUUUUUGCAUAGGAUAGUACGGCGCGGCCAUCUAUGCGGUCCAGGCGUAUUGGAACCGCACAAGCUGUAUGAAAUGGAAGUAUGUCUGGGUCUGGAGGAGUGCAAGACUUGUCAUGCAGAUUUUUCAUGACCCAUGAUGCCUGUAAUGCAUCACCUAGCACCACUGAUUUUUAGAGGCCUUCCUAAUGCCUAUUCCGCAUGAGAAAUACCCCCUCCAUGUAACAGAGGACAGAAAAAGAAAGAGAAGAAAGAAAAUGGUCCUUUUGGUCGUCUCAGCUAGCCCGCAAGGGCUCCGUUCCCGCCAGCUGAAAGGCACGGCGCUGCUCAUCAUCUCGUCCCCGCCAGCCGGUAGGCACGGCGCUGCUAUCCUGUCGUCGUCGUCGCGUCCUUUUUUACUUGAAAGGGGAAACAGGGUUGCUAAGUUAAAGACUGCGCUAAGGCAGCGCCCCCCUUCCCAAAGGGGUCCCCCCGGGGCGGGCGCGGUGGCGGCUCUGCUAACGCGGAGCUUCAAAGUCCGACUCUACCUAUGCGCAUGCAAAGAGUGCGCGGAAAUAGGUCGGCAAGGUGCUUGAAAGGGGUAUGCUUUGGGGUUGUCCGUCAUCGUGAUAGGGUCAACGUGUGUGACCAAUAGACCCCCUGUAUAUCUAGCGCGCAACCGACCACAGAAGCAGUAGCGUUCAACGUUUGUAAGAAUAACCCAACAAGGCAACACUGGAGCUCCACCUUGCUCGCGGGCUUGGAUGGUAAAGCAGGUCAGCCACAUCUAGCGCCCACUGGCCGUACGCACGCGUAAGCAAUCGGAGACGGUUCGGCGGAUGCGGUCGGGUGGUACCUGUAGGACGUGGAACGGGUGCCCACCUAGGGCAUUGGCAGAGGCUAAAUCUGUUCUAGCGCCACGGUAUUGGCAGAGGCUAAAUCUGUUCUAGCGCCACCCUGACAGGAGUCAAAUGUCAAAGCGAUGCGAUGCGAUACAUGUAGCACAAACUGGACCCCUCUUGCUGAUCAUGCAAUACAGGUUUUCUUAGAAUGCAGAGACAGCAUCACAAGUUGCAACCUUCCAGACCCAGAUAUUUGCAAUGCAUAAGCUGCAUCACAGCUUUCAAAACCCAGGUCGCGAUGUUUUUCCUAUCCGAAGACAACACGGAGGAGGAUGCGGAUAUGGAUGUGUCAGAGUUGAAAUCGACAGAGUUGAAAUAAUUUGUCAUGCAUAAACUGCGAUACAAAAAGUGACUCUAUUGCAGAGGACCCACGGGAGGCAGAGUAUAGUCCUCGUAAGGGUCAGAAGUUGGACUGCUAACUAGCAUGAUAGAAGGCAGCACCUUUGCCCUAAACCACGUGACAGACUCGCUUCCAGGACCGCGAAAAUUUGUCAUGCACCGACUACAAACUGUAGGUCUAACUGGUAUCCGUUUUAUGCAUGACAAACUAUUUCAACUUUGACGAUUUCAAACCUGACACAUCCAUAGCGGACGUCAACCCUUUAACGCUGCGGAAGAAAGUCGCUUUGCUCGUGACGAUGGAAGCCGCAUUAUUGUGAGGAAAAAUGUCCCCACGCCAUAGUCAAGAUGGGAAAUCUGCAACACAAACCCGGAAGUAUUGGGAGUCACUCAUGACAAGCUCCCCUCUGUAUUGUAGUGCAAUGUCGCAAGGACAGCCGCAUCACAAAGCCAUCUCCUCAUCCUAUUUGCAGCAUCACAAAUUUUUGCAAAACCCGACUGGAAAUGGCUCUCAUGGGGAUGCGCAUUACAACAAGCCUUCUUGUCUUUGCAAAUCUGCAUGAGACGUUUUUACUCAGGAUACGCAUUAACCAUACUCCAACAGACACACCAGGCGGACAUCCAAAAGUUGCAGAUCGACCAACUGACAAGGGAUAUCAAAUGCAACAAUGUCUGGGUCUGGAAGAAUGCAAACUUGUGAUGCUGCAUUUGGAUUCCAAAAAAAUCUGUAUUGCAUAAGCAGCAAAGGGAAUGCAAUUUUGGCUACGCCGAGAGGGCAUUUGUCAUGCGGAAUAGGCAUCGCGAAGCCCUCAAAAAGUCUGUGAUGCUCGGGCAUGCAUCGGAGACAUGAUCGCCUAUGCAAAACGUGCAUGACAAGUCUCAGAAAUUUCCAGACCCAGACAUUUUUACAUUUGACAAGAGAAAAAGAGGAGCAACAGAACAAGGGCUUCAAUGCCGCCGGCCCGGUAAACUAUCAAAUGUAAAAAUGUCUGGGUCUGGAAGAAUGCAAGAUUUGUGAUGCAGGUUUUCCAUGACCCGUGAGGUCUGGAACGUGAGACCCAGCAUGACAGAUUUUGUGAGGUCUCUAUCAUGCCUUUCCUGCAUGAGAAAAUUCCCUCUCAACUUAGUCAAAAGCGGACAGCUUUUGGUACUCACACAACACAGAUUUUUGCAUCAUUCAGAUUUAGCAUGACAAGUUCUAACCUUCCAGACCCAGACAUUUUUACAUUUGAUAUAAACAGCACCGUCACGAUUCCCUCCUCCUUGACAAACCAACAACUGUGCCAGGCGUGCUUUUUCGUGUUGCCGAAGUUGCCGCAGUUUUUCGACAGUCUCGCUUCGGAGAAGUACGGAAAGCUGAUUUUUAGCAACAUCUGCGAGAUUCUGUUGAGACACAUGCUGGAGAACCCGGACAAAGUGCCGAGUUCGAUACUAGCGUCCAACAUGUCCGACGUUGUCGAUGCGCUGGAGAACAUCUUGGAGGAACAGGGGGCGCAGAACAACAAUCCCCUUCUGUACGGAAACAUCUCCAAGUGCUACCGUCACCUGGCCCUGAUCAGCCGGGAAGCAGCGGACGCAUUGGGGACGUAUUUGCGGAACAAGCAGGAACACUUGAAAAGUUUCCUGGACACCUACUGCACCAGCCCACCAGCGGAUUUUGUGGAGGACGCAAGUCCUGUGGACGGUGAGGAGGACCUGCAGCACGCCGACAACUACGACCCGGCAGGAGGUAUCCAAGCCGCACAAAAAAAGUGUACAAAGUGAAAGUUUGUGAUGCGGACGAUGCAUCAACACAGUCGUGCGUGUCAUGUUGAUGCUGGAUAUGCGUCCCACGGAUUCUAGACUAGUUUCAUGACCUCUGCAAAAAAGCAAAAAGAAUAUCGUGAUGCUGCUCAACUACAUCAAAAUAAACAAGUUACUUGCACUGUACACAUUUUUUUUCUUUGAUAGCAGGAGCAGUAGCAGCAGAAGCAAAUGUCGUGAAGCAAAAUAAAUCCAGAAAGCCAAAAGGACCGCGGCUGAACCGGGUAGACCAGUGGCUGAAGGUGAAUUUUCUUGACCCGGACGCCCCCAUGAAUUUGGAUGGGGAAAUAGAGCAGGUACAGCCGGUAUGGAUUGUACAAAUGUCUUGGGCUGGAAGAUUGCAACUUGUAUGUAAUGCUAAGAUAAAAUUCUGGAUUGUGCAAAAAUCUGUGUUGCAUGAAUGCCAAAAGUUGUCCACUUUUGAUCAAGUUGAGAGGAAGUUUUUCAUGCAGGAUAGGCAUGAUAGGGCUCAUCUCCCAGAAUCUGUCAUGCUAGGGCCUGCAUUUUUCCAGAAGACAUGGAUCAUGACACAGCUGCAUGAAGACAAGUCUACCAAUUAUCUUCCAGACCCAGACUACACUUUUACAUUUGAUAGCCGGGACAGGUAGCGUUGCAGUAUCCAGCGAGAACGUUCGAGUUGAUGCAGUACGUGGAGCGGGUAUCGUAAGGAAAAAUCCCCCGCCCUCCCCGUAUUGAAAGCGUAACUCGCAAAAAAAUUGUGAUGCAGAUUUGUGGCCACAGAUCCUGUCUGUCUUGCAGGAAAGCAAACGCAGAGUGUCCGCCGCGUUAAUUAUGCAGUCGAUUGGUCAUGCUGUGAGGCCUACGGGGGAGACGCCUGUCAUGCUAGCCGCCUACACCAAAAUAAAGCCCCAGCCUAGGUGUGCGAUCUGCGUGCAGUCCUCUCCUGCGAGACAGAGUCGAUUUGUGUACACAAAUCCCGCGUCACAGAUUUCCGCUUUGAUAUGGGGAGGGGGGAUUUUUUCUCUCAAUAGCACGCGGUGGAAAUUCACGCGCACUUGGGGUGCUUUCUGAACCACGAUCUGAUCCAACAAUUAUUCUCCCUUCUCCGCUUCACGUCGGUGAAUCGCUUACCGAGGCAGUUGCUGAUCCCCCUGGCGAAAUUGGUGCAAGUAGGUCUAAACCACUUCGUCGUCCAGGCAACCAGCGGGAAAGUGGAAAGCUUUAAAGAGAUGAAGGAAAACGCAAAGGAACUGAAGAAGUCGAACUCACCAUCCAGAGCCGGCGGUUCCGCGAGUCCUAAGAUGAAGAAGAAGAUGAACAAACCAAACAUCACAGGCGGUGCGACGAUCAUUUCUGCACACGAUGAGAUUGACAAGAGGAACAACCCGCUCGCUUUUUUCUCGAACUACGUCGAAGAUGAGAAAACGCCGCACUUCCGCAGUGCGAGGAUCAUCGACGCGCAGUACACCGUAUGCAUUGCAAAAGUAACAUCGCAUUGUACAUAACAAGAAUCGCAUGAGAAAUUUCCUCAGCAGGAUGAGAAACGGAGUUUGUAAUGCGUCCUCCCCUAUAGCAAAGAGAUCUGUCUUGCGUGAAGACUGCGCUUUGAUGUAUGGAUGCGAUGAGUGCUUUUGCAAUGCAUACACCGCUUCAUCCUCCGCGAGGGUGAACCAACACUACGCGGUAUCGCAAGAAAGAGUGUUACGGUUAACGGAAUUUGUGAUGCAGUAAUGCAUCAAGAAAGGCAAAGUGCCCAAAUUUGUAUUGCGUAGCAUGCAUGGAAUGCAAAUUUUGUAAUCCAUGACCGCCAUCGCAUCUGUGAAAUCCGUUAUUAAUGUUAUACAUUUUUUUGUUUGAUACGCGGACGUGAUCUUGGAGUUGAACAACGGAAACUUGUUUUUCCUCAACAGCCGGCAGAUUAUGAACGCCUCAGGUUGGAAAUCCUCAAAGUGAAAAUAGUUUGUAAUGCAAAAAAAGGACACCAGUUGAAGUGCCAUUUCUAGUCGGCGCAUGACAAACUUGCCGGGCACUCAAAGCAUGUCUGUCAUGCUAGUUAGGGCAAAGGGGUGCCCUUCUCUCGUGCUGAUCAGCAGCCCAAUUCUGAACCCGUAGAGGCACAAUAGUCGGCUCCCACUGCGCCCUCUGCAAUACAGUCGCUUUGGUGUCGCAUUUCUUGCAUCACAAACUACUUAUUUCCACUCUGAGAAUUUCCAUUCUGAGGCUUUCAUACAGAUGGACGACUAUUUAGAAUCCGAAAUCUCCGCGAUCACUGCGCAGGGCCACUCGGAACGGAAUCUCGCCUACACGAUUUUCGAAUUUCGUCAUCUCCUCAUCACCCGAUUGUUGAAAAAGCACCGGGACGUGUAUGUGAAACACCUUAUCCAGAGUAAAAACGUCCCCGCCCCAGAGUCAAGAUGGGGAAUCUGCUAGACAAGUCCACAAGUUUUGGGACUGGUGCAUGACAAGUUUGGGGACAUGCAGUAUAGUCCUGCUUAGGUAGCCCAGACGCAUCGCAGAUCCACUCUCUCAUCCUGAUUCGCGCAUUACAGAUUAGGAUUACCAAACACGGUUAGAAAAUGCCCGCUAUGCGGAGCCGCAUUACAGAUGUUCCGGGCAUGCAGGUUUGCAUGACAACUAAGGGGCGGAGACGUUUUUUGCUCAGGAUACACCUGGCGGUCAAUUUGUACUUCGACAGCCUACAGAUGCAUAUGCACUGCCAAAGUAUCGUACCCGUAGCCGUACUAAUUGCAAUUAUGCACGACAAAUCUUGUCCUUAAGGUAAAACAGCAUCACAAAUUCCAGUUCUCACGGUGAGGAAAUUUGUAAUGCAUUUGUCAUACGAGUAAGAUACUUUUGCAGUUCAUAAUGCAGUAUUCGUUGCAGAACGUUCUCCGGAUGGAUCCGAUCUUUUUCGAAGACCCGGCUAUGUCGACCGGGGGCAUGAAUUUCCAGGAGGACGAGUCCACGGCGGGGAACAACGCUUUGAAACAAGUGUGCCACCGCCUGCACAAAACCUUUCAACAGCAGGGGAAUGACGAGGACGAUAUCGAUGAAAAUGUCAUCAAGUCAAAGGACGAUGUUCCGGUGAACAUUCCAAAAUUGUCCGCGAACAUGCGAUAUCCUGUGCAAAAGUAUCGUACUCGUAUAAAUGCCAGACUAGCGUGACAAAUCUGGUUUCUUAGGUAAUUUAGCAUGACAAAUUUCAUUUUAUUUCAUGUUGAGCUAAUUUGUAAUGCAAUAGCAAUUUAUACCAAGUGCGAUUCUUUUGCAGUUCAUAUGCGACCCUUGUACAUCAGCUGGCGAAGACGGGUGAAAGAUCGGGAUAUCCAGAUCCAGGGGAGGGCGUUUGGCAGGAAAAGCACGGCGAAAAGGAAAUUGAAUUUAAUGGGGGAAGAGGAAGAGGUAUUUGAUAAUUGUUCAUUGAUACCUUUACGUGGAAACCCUUCCGUCACAUUUGAGUUUCGCAUGACAAAAUUGGUUAUCAUGUGUGAUGUUGCUCACAUGCGUAAUCCUGAUUCUGAGGAAGAGGGAGUUGUAAUAUUGCUGUAUAUCCAGUUGAUACACACGACAUCAAUACCACUACAGGCCGGCGGCACCACCUCCGACAACAAUUAUCCUGUGCAAAAGUAUCGUACUUGUAGUAAUUGCAAUCAUGCAAUACAAAUCUCUCUCUGAAGGCAAAUCUGCAUUACAAAUUCAAUUUCUCAUGCUGAGAAAAUUUGUCAUGCCAUUUAUACUAGUACGAUGCUUUUGCAAUGCAUAACAAUCCCAACACGACUACAGAGGAAGAGCUGGAAGCGGAAUUUCAAUAUGUCUGCAUGAACCCGGUUCUUGUCUACGAGGACCACGAGGUACUACUCUGGAUAUCAAGUGCAAAUAUUCCUGGAUGUCUGGAAGAUUCCCAGGCUUGUCAUGCAUAUUUUGAAUGACCCGCGAUGUCUGUAAUGCAUGCCCUAGCAUGAUUGAUCACAGAUGUUUAGCGGGCUUUGCGAUGCAUCCACCGCAUGAGAAAUAAUAAUGAUGCCCUCUCCGCGUAGGAGAAAGAACUGGAGUCGUCUUGCUGGUCGUGCAAUACAAUUUUUUUUAGAAUCCAAACACAGCAUCACAAGUUUAGAAUCUUCCAAACUACCCGAACAUGUUUGCGUUUGAUAUUGGACGUAUUUUUACAAUCUUUUCCUGGACAUCAAGGACCGGAUCCAAACCCACAUAUCCUGUGCAAAAGUAUCUGAUACUCGUAUUGCGAUCAUGCAUUACAAGUUUUUUUCUUGAGGUAAAUCGGCAUUACAAAUUUUUUGAGUAUUUGAUUUUAUUUCUCAUGCUGAGGAACUCCGAACUUUGUAAUGCUAAUGCAUGUAUACCUACGAGUACAGCGAUACUUUUGCAGUUCAUACCACACCAUGGCCGACUACCAAGCGAAGCUGCGGAUAACGCAGGAGAUGGUAUCCUGUGCAAAAGUAUCGUACUCGUAUUGCAAUCAUGCGUUACAAUUAUUUUCCCUAAGGUGAAUCAGCAUUACAAAUCUUAUUUCUCAUGCUGACGAAUUUGUGAUGCAUUUUCAUUUAUACAAGCGAAGCACGAUACUUUUGCAAUUCAUAGAUGGUGAAAUGUGACAAAAUCACUUUCCCGUCGGAGGACAGUUUAGAGUCCUACAUCCCGCUAUCAAAUGCAAAUAUGUCUGGGUCUGGAAUAAAGAAUGAGAUUUGUGAUGCUAGCUGUCGAUCACACAAAGAACUGUAUUGCAAGAAGAGAGGCAAAAGUAAAAGACACUCAGACUGUUUCCACCCGGACAACGAGAGGGCACAACUUCUCAUGCAGGACAGACACGGGCAGACCUUUGCGAAAGCUGUGAUGCUGGAGUACUAUGCAUCACAGGCAUUGGGAGCCAUGUACAAUUCGCAUGACAAACUCCCCAAACCUUCCAGACCCAGACACAUUUGCAUUUGAUACCCACCGCAGGAGUCCGGAAUUCGGUCUGUCACCCGGUCAAACCUCGCCGGGGAAGACUACUACACGGUUAUCCUGAACAAAAGUAUCGUAUUCGUACUAAUUGCAGUGAUGCCAGACAAAUUUCUUUUUCAUGCUAAAUCAGCAUGAGAAAUUCCGUUUGUCAUGCUGAGCUAAUUUGUAUUGCAAUACUACGAGUGCGAUGCGUUUGCAAUGCAUAACGGUAAUAGAGCACUUAUUCCAUAAAGCGUGUAUGAAGCACACGUCAACCCACGAGGGCAUGGUCGCGAACCAGUACAUCCCGGAGAACGCGUUUGAGCCGAAAUACAACCCGGAGUCCGACUCCCAGACCGCGGACCCCACUUACGUGAAGCAGGACGCGGGCUUGUGCGGGCUGCGGGAUCUGCUCACCAUGGGGCUGUCGUCGAUAAAACUGGUCGACCAAUCCUGCGAAUCCGAUCACAUCAAGAACGGCCCGAUUGGGCAACUCAUCGGCGCGCAGUUUGGGGUGUUGCGGAUGAUUCCCGCGAUCAAGGAGGCGAGUAAGUCUCUAUUCCAGAAAAUGCGGAAGGAAGCGGACAAAAACCCGGUGCUGGCGAAGCAGUAUUUCCACUUCAUAAGCACUAUGCUCGGGUGGAUUUUGGAAAUGAGCGGAGAACACGCGUACAUGGACAUCCGCCAGUCCAUGAUCGAGAUCACGCGGACGUGGGUCGGGAGGGUCGGGGAAACGCAGUUGCCGGAACAUUUGGUUUAUGCAUUGCAAUUAUAGUAUCGUACUCGUAUAAAUGCAAUACAAAUAUCGAUUUCCUCAGCAUGAGAAAUAAAAUAAAAUCUGUCAUGCAGAGUACCUUGAGAAAAAAGUUGUAAUGCAGGACUGCAAUUUUUACUACGAGUGCGAUACUUUUGCACAGGAUAUGGCUACCGCGUUUCAGCGGUGUUUUGUAGAGUUACAGCUGUCAGAAGCGAACUGCUCCAUCGGGUUGAACGGAGAGCAGGGCAACCCGAUAUGCUUUUGUGAAAUCACCACAAGAUCAACAUGUAGUUGACCAACCUCAGUUUAUUGUCAAUUUACAUAGCAUGCGGUGCCACUUUACUUCAUCAUUUUAUCUACAUUCGCAUGACAAAAAAUGGAGGCACACAACUACAAGAAGUGCUGGUGUUGGAGGUGAUUUUGUAUUGCAUAGCCGAGUUCCGGAAUCCAAUUCGACACAAUGGACGUUGACUUACUCUACAACACGUUGCUCCCCUGCUCCCGGUAUCCUGUGCAAAAGUAUCGUACUCGUCGAGAUGAUCGCAGCUAUGCAUUACAAAUCUUUUUCUCGAGGUAAAUCCGCAUUCCAGAUUCCAUGUCUCAUGCUGAGGCAAUUUGUAUUGCAACUUAUACUAAUACGAUACUUUCGCAGUGCAUACCCGGUUCAUGACCAAAGAAUACCGCGGGAAAGUGGAAGAAUUUCUCGGCCGGCAGAUGAUCAGUACCCACAGUAAAUUUCCUGUACACGACGUACAAAUGCUGUCUCUGCAUGACAAAACUUGCCUUCGAUCUUGGUCAGCAUGACAAGUUUCUUGACGCUUUAAGUUAGCGAACUUUGUGAUGCAUUUUGCACAUGUUGUACGGGAAAUUUGUAUUGCAUAAUCAGUCUGACGAGUCAAAAAACCAUCGCGAAACUACGGGACUUGAUCGAGAGAUUGCGGCUCGGGCCGGGGCACGACGGAACGGGCUUGGGGGUGAAAGUGGGAAAGAAACGCGGGAGGUAUCAAGCAAAAAAGUGUUAACGUUAAUGGUUUCCAGAGAUUGCAGCUACGGAAGACAGAUGGGUCUUCCUAGAAUGCAUGCUAUGCAAUACAAAUUUAGGCACCUUUUCUGAUGCGGUCCUGCAUGGCAAAUUUCGUUAACGUUAACACUUUUUCCUGUGAUAGGAGGAAAGCGAAGAGUAUGGCAGGAAUGGAACCGGAUGUGAUGGCGGCGCAAGGACAAGGAGCGGUAUAAAUACUGAAUUAGAAUUUUUGCUUUCAUACAAGAUCAUUUUUUUCGUCCCCAGCACGCACCGUCCUCGGAGAGUUGGAGGUUUAAUAUUCAAGGUUCUUGUUUAGCAUGACAAAUUCCUGUUGCAAUGUGUCGUGAUGACAUGAUAUACCAUCACCAACAGUUUCUCCAAGGCGAGCCGGAGCAGCCCCAGCAGCAGAGGCAUAUUAUGGACGAAGACGAGGAUUUAGAGGCCGCGCCGGCGUAUCCUGUGUAAAAACGUCCCCACCCCAUAGUCAAGAUGGGGAUUUUGCAACACAAACCUAGGAGUUUUGGGAGUCACGCAUGACAAGCUGCACUCCGUAGUGUAGUGCAGAUUAGCAAGUGCAGCCGCAUCACAGAUCCAUCUGCUUAUCCUGUUCACAGCAUCACAAAUUUCAAAACACGAUUGGAAAUGCCUACCAUGAGCAUGCGCAUCACAGAUGUCCUUGUCGUUGCAAAUCUGCAUGACAGCUCUGGGGUGGGGACGUUUUUCCUCAGGAUACGGCGCCAAAGAGGAUUAGGCAGGGAAGGGACGUCGUUGAUGUAGAGGAGGAGGGGGUAGCGGAUGCAGGUGGUGGCAAUGACGACGAGGAUGACGGGAGGGGUCCAACGGUAUCCCAGAGAAAAAAGCAGGCAGGGCACAUUUGUGAUGCAAAAAUAAAUACACAGAAAAGUCUUUCAUGGGAGGCCCCGCCGCACGCUGUUUCGGAUAUGCGAUACAGAUUUUUUUGUGUAUUUAUUUUUGCAUUACAAAUGUGACCUGCCUGCUUUUUUCUGUGUGAUAAACGGUAAGGCAUGAAGACAUCGUGGACGAGGAGGAUGACCUGUUAUGGGUGUGUCAGGAUCGAAAUCGUCAAAGUUCUUGAAAUAAUACGUAAUGCAUAGAAUGCAUGACGCGAGGUGCGUGUGUUGCAGAGCAGGCAAGUGACGCCGAUUGUAAGCCUGUUCGAGCUGGUAAAGUAGCAUUAGAAAGACAGUCUUCUUUGCCUAAGCAGCAUGACAAACUGGAUUUAGGGACAGCCAAAAUUUGUGAUGCACCGCUUAGAAAUUGGGCUUCCAACUGGUAUCGAUUUUAUGCAUUACAAGUUAUUUCUUGUAUUUCAACUUUGUCGAUUUCAAACCUGACGCUUCCAUACCUGUUGGCGGAUGAAUACUUGCUGCCGCCGAGGUGAGGAAUCGAACAAGGGAUCGACGGCGGUUUUUCUUUUCUGGAUUACCGUACAAGAAAAGCAAGUUGAAAACUCAGAAAUUGGGCUUCUAUCGACUUUCUCCAAAAUUCAAUAAUCAAAUUGUUCAGUAGAACACAUUUACUUAUUUUCAUUGAAGUUACAACGAGCACGAAACCUAAGCGAGGUUACGUCGCUUCAUGUUUAUUUGAUGAUCAAACUGGUACCAACGUUGCCAGAAAAUUGAUUUUCUAAUCAGCCUCGAUUUGAAGAAAAAACUGCUGAUUAGCAUUUGUGAAGCUCAAAGUUCAAUAUCAACCACUUGUAAAAAAUUUCGGACCACACCCCCCUGGUCGUAGUACCCAGCGCAGAAAAACUGAACACCAGUGAAGCCUUGUAUCUAAUCUGUCGUCACAGUGCUACUGCAGAAGAAGAGAUGAAAAACGCAUGUCUGGC